AUGCCACGGCACCACGACCUCACGCUUGAGGAACUCGCGGACAAGGCAGAGUGGGAGCACGGCGUGUUUACGGGGCUCACCGCAGAAUUCGAGGCGCUCGUGCGCACGCCGCACGCGCGGCGCGCGGCGGCCCAGGACGCGUUUGUGUACGACGCGGACGACAAGGCGGAGGCGCGCGAAGUCGCGGCGCUGCAGAAGCGCGUGGGCAGCUUGAAGGUCGCGGCGCGCGCCAAGGUGACGCAGGACAGAGUGUACAGCGCGGCGUACCACCCUGACAGGUCGAAGGAUCUUAUCUUCUUUGGAGAUAAACACGGACAGUUGGGGAUAUGGGACGCGCGCGCACCUACAGAGGACGAAGGCGACGAUGACGACGACGAACCGGAAGGUACGCCUGCGACGCGUCGAGCGGCGAAGAGCGAGGGCAAAGUAUGGCAAUUGCAAGCGCACUGGCCUGCAACGUCCAAGUCUUCCAUCUCUUCAAUCAAAUUUGAUCCAAUUGACUCGCACAGCGUGUUCACCACCGCAUACGACUGCACGAUCCGCAGCCUCUCCCUCGCGACGGGCGUGUCGCGCGAAGUGUUCUCGUCGGGCGAGGUCCUGAUUACGAGCAUUGACCUGCCGCCCGCGGGGCACGAGCUGUGGGCAUCUGACGCCUCGGGCGGCGUCACGCACCUCGAUCUGCGCCAGGAUAAGUCCAAGGCGCGUUGGUACGAGCUUUCUGACCAGAAGAUCGGCUCGGUCAGUAUCAACCCUGUGAACCCGCACCUGCUGCUCACGGCGUCGAAUAACCGGACCUUGAAAGUGUGGGAUACCCGCGCGCUGGCAGGCUUACCCGUCACGGACAACGGGGCGCUUGACUUCGACUCGGACGUCAUCGAGGGGCUGCUCACCUCCAAGGCCGGCAAGUGCACGCUCCGCUCGAACUGGCCACACGGUAAAUCCGUGAGCUCUGCCUAUUGGGAUCCGCGGGGGCGAACGAUCGUGAGCACUAGCUACGACGACACGCUGCGAUUGUGGGACAUCAAACCGUCGAUGCAGGCGAAGGACGCGGGAUUCCCCGUCGUCCAGCCAUUCAGCAAGAUUAAGCAUGAUUGCCAGACGGGCCGAUGGGUGACGGUGUUCAGAGCGCAGUGGUCGCCCAACCCCGAUGUCCUUCCUCAUUUCACCGUCGGUAACCUGGAUCACUCUCUGGAAAUAUACUCUUGCAAGGGCGAUGCGCUCGCCAAGCUCUCCGACCGGUCAUUAAUAUCUGCGACGCAGGCUGUGACAUGCUCACAUCCGAGCAUCGUCGAACGUGCAGCCAGCGGAAACGGCAGCGGUCGAUGCAUAUUGUGGGCUCCACCUGACGAAGACGCGUCGUCAUGAUAUUCAGGGUACGACUGAAGACAGGGAUUCUAGAUAGUCGGAGAAGCGAUGCAAGAGAUAGUAAACCACGUCCACGAACACCCUGAACACACCGUCAACAGUUUCAUAAGCUAAAGCAUGCCGGUUCAUAAGGAAUCGACUCCUAUCAAAUAUGACACCGGCCCUAUUGCUUU